GGGGAGCAGUCGCGUUGUUAAGGGUGAGUGUGAGUUCUUGAGCUGGAGGUUUUGGAACCUGCGUGUCUGUGACGUUCGACGGAGUCCUCUUCCCUCUCCACGGGAGGAGCUGACUUCCUGAGCGUGAACAACAUCUGUUACUUUUCACCUUUGUACCAAACUCGGUAUAAAUACCACGGGAGACUACGGGAAAUUCAAAACACAACCCGACUUUAAGCUCGUUCAUCAUUCUCAGUCCAACACAAUGCCAAGGAUGAUAUUGAUCUUGAUGCGUUGGCUGCAGAAAUAGAAGGAGCUGGUGCUGCCAAGGACCAGGAACCUCAAAAAUCAAAAGGGAAAAAGAAAAAGGACAAAAAAAAGCAGGACUUUGAUGAAGAUGAUAUCAUGAAAGAGCUGGAAGAAUUAUCUUUGGAAGCUCAAGGCAUCAAAGCUGACAGAGAAACCACUACAGUGAAGCCAACAGAAAAUUCUAAUGAAGAGUCCACCUCAAAACAAGAUAAAAAAAAGAAAGGACAGAAGGGCAAAAAACAAAGUUUUGAUGAUAAUGAUAGUGAAGAGUCAGAAGAUAAAGAUUCAAAAUCAAAAAAGACUACGAAAGCAAAAGUGGAAAUGUACUCUGGGAGUGAUGAUGAUGAUGAUUUUAAUAAAUUUUCUAAGAAACCUAAAGGGAAAGCUCAAAAAUCAAAUAAAAAGGGGGAUGGGUCAGAAGACGACGAGGAUAAAAGUAAGAGGAGUAAGCAGCGUCCCAGGGUAAAUUCUUCAGGGGAAAGUGGUGAUGAAUCGGAUGAAUUUUCCCAGUCUCGAAAGGGACCGAAAAAAAACCAAAAAAAUAAGCCAGGUCCUACUAUGGAGAGUGGGAAUGAAGAUGAUGACUCUUCCUUCAAAAUUAAAACAGUGGCACAGAAAAAGGCCGAAAAGAAAGAGCGUGAGAAAAAAAAGCGAGAUGAAGAGAAGGCAAAACUCCGGAAGCUAAAGGAGAAAGAAGAAUUAGAAACAGGUAAAAAAGAUCAAAGUAAACAAAAAGAAUCUCAAAGAAAACAUGAAGAGGACAAAGUGAGUCUUGAUGCUGGAGUGAAAACUGCCUCUGAAGAGAAAGGCGAGACUCCGGCAGGUGCUGAAGAUGACAAUGAAGGCGACAAGAAGAAAAAAGAUAAGAAGAAAAAGAAAGGAGAAAAGGAGGAAAAAGAGAAAGAGAAGAAAAAGGGACCCAGCAAAGCCACUGUUAAAGCUAUGCAAGAAGCUCUAGCUAAGCUUAAAGAAGAUGAAGAAAGACAGAAAAGAGAAGAGGAAGAGCGGAUAAGGCGACUUGAAGAGUUAGAAGCCAAGCGUAAAGAAGAGGAGCGAUUGGAACAAGAAAAAAGAGAAAGGAGAAAACAAAAAGAAAAAGAAAGAAAAGAACGCUUGAAAAAAGAAGGGAAACUUUUAACUAAAUCCCAGAGAGAAGCCAGAGCCAGAGCUGAAGCCACCCUUAAACUUCUGCAAGCUCAGGGUGUUGAAGUGCCAUCAAAAGACUCUUUGCCAAAGAAAAGGCCAAUUUAUGAAGAUAAAAAGAAGAAAAAAAUACCACAGCAGGUGGAAAAUAAAGAAGUGGCUGAACCAGUGGAAUUAAGUGCUGCUGUAGACGUUGUAGAACAAGGACCAGAGAAAGAAGAUACACCACCUCCUGCUGAGCCAGAAGAAGAAGAAGAUACUGAAGAUGCCGGACUGGAUGAUUGGGAAGCUAUGGCCAGUGAUGAGGAGAGAGAAAAAGAUGGAAACACAAUCCAUAUAGAAGUAAAAGAAAAUCCUGAAGAAGAGGAGGAGGAGGAAGACGAGGAGGAAGAGGAGGAAGAAAGUGAGGAGGAAGAGGAAGAGGAGGGAGAAAGUGAAGGCAGUGAAGGUGAUGAAGAUGACGACAAGCUGUCAGAUGAGAAAGAUUCAGGGAAAACGUUCGAUAAAAAGCCAAGUAAAGAAGUGAGCUCAGAGUCCGAGUCUGACUCUGAUGAUGACAGAACCAAAGAAGAAAGGGCUUACGACAAAGCAAAACGCAGAAUUGAGAAACGUCGACUUGAACACAGUAAAAAUGUAAAUACAGAAAAGCUAAGAGCCCCUGUUAUCUGUGUACUUGGACAUGUGGACACAGGAAAAACAAAAAUUCUAGAUAAACUUCGUCAUACACAUGUACAGGAUGGUGAAGCAGGUGGAAUCACCCAGCAAAUUGGAGCCACCAAUGUUCCCCUGGAGGCUAUUAAUGAACAGACUAAGAUGAUUAAAAAUUUUGAUAGAGAGAAUGUACGGAUUCCAGGAAUGCUGAUUAUUGAUACUCCUGGGCACGAGUCUUUCAGUAAUCUGAGGAACAGAGGAAGCUCUCUUUGUGACAUCGCCAUUUUAGUUGUUGAUAUAAUGCAUGGUUUGGAGCCCCAGACAAUUGAAUCUAUUAACCUUCUCAAAUCCAAAAAAUGUCCCUUCAUUGUUGCACUCAAUAAGAUUGAUAGGUUGUAUGAUUGGAAAAAGAGUCCUGACUCUGAUGUGGCUGCUACUUUAAAGAAGCAGAAAAAGAAUACAAAAGAUGAAUUUGAGGAGCGAGCAAAGGCUAUUAUUGUUGAAUUUGCACAGCAGGGUUUGAAUGCUGCUUUGUUUUAUGAGAAUAAAGAUCCCCGCACUUUUGUGUCCUUGGUACCUACCUCUGCACAUACGGGUGACGGCAUGGGAAGUCUCAUCUACCUGCUUGUCGAGUUAACUCAGACCAUGUUGAGCAAGAGACUUGCGCACUGUGAAGAGCUAAGAGCACAGGUGAUGGAGGUUAAAGCUCUCCCUGGAAUGGGCACCACUAUAGAUGUCAUAUUGAUCAAUGGCCGCUUGAAGGAAGGAGAUACGAUCAUUGUUCCUGGAGUGGAAGGGCCCAUUGUAACUCAGAUUCGGGGUCUCUUGUUACCUCCUCCUAUGAAGGAAUUACGUGUGAAGAACCAGUAUGAGAAGCAUAAAGAAGUAGAAGCAGCUCAGGGGGUGAAGAUUCUUGGAAAAGACUUGGAGAAAACAUUGGCUGGCCUACCUCUCCUCGUGGCGUAUAAGGAAGAUGAAAUUCCUGUUCUCAAAGAUGAAUUGAUCCAUGAGUUAAAGCAGACACUAAAUGCUAUUAAAUUGGAGGAGAAAGGAGUUUAUGUCCAGGCAUCUACACUGGGCUCUCUGGAAGCUCUACUUGAAUUUCUCAAAACAUCCGAAGUGCCCUAUGCAGGAAUUAACAUUGGCCCAGUCCAUAAAAAAGAUGUUAUGAAAGCUUCAGUGAUGCUAGAACAUGAUCCUCAGUAUGCAGUAAUUUUGGCGUUUGAUGUGAGAAUUGAACGAGACGCACAAGAAAUGGCUGAUAGUUUAGGAGUUAGAAUCUUUAGUGCAGAAAUCAUCUAUCAUUUAUUUGAUGCCUUUACAAAGUACAGACAAGACUACAAGAAACAGAAACAAGAAGAAUUUAAGCACAUAGCAGUAUUUCCCUGCAAGAUGAAAAUCCUCCCUCAGUAUAUUUUCAAUUCUCGAGAUCCAAUCGUGAUGGGGGUAACUGUGGAAGCAGGACAGGUGAAACAGGGGACACCCAUGUGUGUCCCAAGCAAAAAUUUUGUCGACAUUGGAAUAGUAACGAGUAUUGAAAUAAACCAUAAACAAGUGGAUGUUGCAAAAAAAGGACAAGAAGUCUGUGUUAAAAUAGAACCUAUUCCUGGUGAAUCUCCCAAAAUGUUUGGAAGACACUUUGAAGCUACAGACAUUCUUGUCAGUAAGAUAAGUCGGCAGUCCAUCGAUGCACUCAAGGACUGGUUCAGAGACGAAAUGCAGAAGAGUGACUGGCAGCUUAUCGUGGAGCUCAAGAAAGUAUUUGAAAUCAUCUGAUUUUUCCACAUGGCACAGAAAUUGGAGUAAAUGCAAUAUUGUGUUGUAACAUCACCAACAAAAGCAAGACAAAAUUGGAACAGAUGUAUCUGAACACUGAGGGACGGUAUGGAAGGAAAAAUAAUGGGUGUAUAAAAUGUUUUCCAUGAGAAACCAAGAAACUUACACUGGUUUGACAGUGGUCAAUUUACAUGUCCCCACAGUUCAAUGUGCCUGUUCCCACCCUCUGUUGCCCUACCCUUCUCUACUUGGCUGCUGUUUUAAAGUUUGCCCUUCCCAAAAUUUGGAUUUUUAUUACAAAUCUAAAAGGUCUUUCAAUUUUAUACUGAUUAAAUCAGUACUGCAGUAUUUGAUUAA